UCGAUGCACAGAUGACAAAUUCAAACCUUUGAAGCCUGAAGUUCUGUCGGAACUGUUGACUAGAGAUAAGUUUAUAUCUGUAGUUAAUUAUCGUGCGUGAAUUCUAGUGACUAGUAAUGAUAUUGUGAACCGAAAUGAAUGAAACUGUUAAAAUAAAAUCAGAAGCGGACGAGGUGACCGCAGAGCCAGCAAUUGUCACUACGGAACUCGCAGCAACACUCCCGGCCUGCCAGAGCGAAAAAUCAAUUCAAGAUGAUAUAUUAUGUCCUCGAAUAGAACAGGAUUAUAGUGGCAGUUGGGCGAAAGAACGCAUGUCAGUAGGGUCAGAUGAAAUUGAAAUGAAACUGGAAAUUGAGGCACCUACUGUAAGCAUAGACAGUCCGGAAGAAGAUGCCUAUGGGAACAAAGAAGACAAAAAUGCUGGGGAUGUUGGUGGAAGGACGGAAAAACGUGCUGCCAAAUGUCGUCGUCAGACAAAACAGAGUGCCGCGGGAAGCAAGCUAAGCAGUGCAACUGUCAUACAGCAUAAAGUCAAUACCGUGACCUCCAAGAUCGAUGCAGCUGCACCAAAAAAUCGACCACACAAAUGUGACAUUUGUGACAGAAGCUACCUCUCAAUAGGUCAUCUCGAAAAACACGUUCGUGGACACGUGGAUGGAUCAGUCAUUCGCUGUAACAUCUGUGGUAAGGAUUUCAAGCGGAGAUACGACGCUAAACAACACGAGCGCCGCCAUAUGACCGAGCGACCGUACAAAUGCGACAUCUGUGGAAAAACGUUUGUGAACAAAUAUUAUCUUCGGUUCCACAUGCGCAUCCACAACAACGACUUUCCACACAAGUGUCACCUUUGUAGUGCCGGUUUUUUCGCUAAGGCAACACUAGUCAGACACAUCCGAGCACACACUGGGGAGCGACCUUUCAAGUGCGAAACUUGCGGAAAAUCGUUUCUGGACGAGCCAUACUUUUCUGCUCAUCUGCGCAUGCAUGCGGGAAAUUCGUCCCACAAGUGUGAUAUAUGUGGUAAGUGUUUCAGCGGAAAGAGUCCACUGGACGCCCACAUCAGAGCCCAUACCGGUGAGCGACCAUUUAAAUGUAAUGUCUGUGGCAAGGACUUCAGACGGAUGGAUAAUCUGAAGUAUCAUGAGCAGCUUCAUUCGGGAGAAAAUCCCUUCAAGUGUGACAUUUGCGGGAAAAACUUCGCUGCCAAGAAACAAAUGGCAAGACACGUGAGAACUCACCUGGACAAUCAACCCUACAAAUGUGAGGUUUGUCCGAAAAGCUUCAGUGCCAGAUAUUUAUUGAUACAGCAUAGCCAAAUUCACACCGGUGUGCGAUCGCAUAAGUGUGAAACGUGCAACAGGAGCUUCAGUACGGCUUACCGACUUAGAAUGCACAUGAAAAUGCAUGCAAUGGAAAGCUACGACAAGAAACUGUUCGAAUGUCACAUUUGUGGCGCACAGUUCGUGGCAAAGGGUGGUCUUCGGAAGCAUGGUAAACAACAUUUGGAAAUUCCGUUACCCUCUAAAGACGUUCUCACAGAAAACCAACAUAGACACCAACAGGCCGCACAACUAACCGAAAUGGAAUUUGUUAAAAUCAAAUCAGAAGCGGACGAGGCGACCGCGGAGUCACCAAUUCUCACUACGGAGCACGCAGCAAUACUCCCGGCCUGUCAGAGUGGAAAUUCAAUUCAUGAUGAUACAUUAUGUCCUCGAAUCGAACAGGAUUAUAGGGCGAAAGAACGCAUGCCAGCAGUAGGGCCUGAUGAAAUUGAAAUGAAACUGGAAGUUGAGGCAUCUACUUUAAGCAUAGACAGCCCGUUAAAAGAUGCCUCUGAGAACACAGCAGACAAAAAUGCUGGGCAAGUUAGUGGAAGGACGAAAAAAGGUGCUCCCAAACGUCGUCGUCAGACCAAACAGAGUGCAGCGGACAACAAGCUAAGUGACGAUUCCAAGGGCAACGCCACCAUGGGGAAUCCUCCAUACAAAUGCAAUAUUUGCGACAGACAGUUCAUGAUUCUAUUCUACUACCAACGCCAUGUGCGAUUUCAUCUGGAAAAUGCACUUUCAUAUUUAUGCGAUAUAUGUGGCAGAAGUUAUUGUAAGAAGUACACAUUGGCGAAACACCUUCUACGUCACACGAAAGAAAAACCGCACAAGUGCGACAUCUGUGAAAAAAGGUUUGCGUUUAUGACUGAUCUCAGGACGCACAAGUUUGUGCAUACCAAAAAAUUUAUGUGUGAUGAAUGCAACAAAUGUUACGAGUCGCAUUACAUACUUGAGAAGCAUAAAAUGUCCAAGCAUUCCGGUGAGCAACCGCACAAUUGCGAAGUAUGUGGGAAAUCAUUUGCACUGGCAAAAUACUUUGAGCGACAUAUGACCACACAUACGGGUGAGCAAAGGCACAAGUGUGACAUCUGUGGCAAAGGAUACACAACAAAUGACAAUCUGAAAUUACACAUGCGAUUGCAUACCGGUGAACGUCCGCACGUCUGUGACAUAUGCGGUAAGGGAUUCGCAAGACUCAGUAUCCUCCGGAUUCACGGAUUCGUUCAUAACAAGGAGCAGGCCUUUAAAUGUGAUACCUGUGGUAGCGUAUUCGCUACCAAUUCGCGGCUUAGAAAACACAUGAAAGCACACAGCAGUGAGCUGACGCAUAUUUGUGGAAUAUGCGGAAAAGCAUUUAUGUUUAGCAAUCACCUUCUCACCCAUUUGCGUCGCCAUUGCAAAGAUAAAUCGUACGAGUGCGAAAUCUGCGGAUUGAAGUAUGGUUCUAGAAUCGGUUUAAAUAGGCAUAAACGGAAACAUUCUAAUAUUGUUAUCACUCCGCCCGAUGUUUUGUUGAUGAAAAGUGCGUCCGUCUGUCAGAAGGAUGCCUGAAAAUAUUAAUCAAAUUAAAUAAACAAAAAAUG